AAGGUGCUCAUGGCGGACAGUAAACACGUGUGAGGGAACGAGUGUCUCCUGCUGUUAACUCUGUGUCAUUAACCUAAUAACUACACCUUAACUACAUCAUAAUGGUCGCUAAAAAAAGGAAAACCAAGCGCUUGACUCUAAAGCUCAAGUACAAGGUUCAGAAGAAAGUGAGAGACCACCACAAGAAGCUGAAGAAAGAGAAGAGAAAACAUCCAGAAAAGUUUAGAAAAAGGACCAAAGAUCCUGGAGUGCCUAAGACACUUCCAUUCUAUGACCAGGUGAUAAAGGAAGCAGAAGAAGCAAAGGCGGCCCAGGAGCGUCGCAGGGAGGAAGAUAAACUUAAAAGACGUGAACUGAGAGCCCAAGCCAUUGCCAAAAAGAGAGAUAUUGGAAACAUCAAUGAACUCAUUCGUACAGCUGAAGAAAGAGGCGUCAAAUUUGAGGCCGAUCAAGCAGUCACAGCAAACACACAUGGUAAUCUGAGUGACAGAUCUGCAAAGGCAUAUUACAAAGAAUUCAAAAAGGUUGUUGAAGCUGCAGAUGUCGUCUUGGAGGUGCUGGAUGCGCGUGAUCCUCUUGGAACCCGAGUGCCCCAAAUGGAAUCCACAGUGACGGGCCAGUCUGGUAAGAAGCUUGUAUUGCUACUGAACAAGGCUGACUUAGUUCCUCGAGAGAACCUUGAGAAGUGGUUACAGUAUCUUCGUCGUGAAUAUCCAACAAUAGCGUUCAAGUCGAGCACACAACUCCAGGGUUCCCGUUUGGCUCAGUCCUCUGCUAAAAUUAUGAAAUCAUCGGAAGAACUUGUGCAGUCUUCAAAAUGUCUGGGAGCUGAUGUUCUUAUGCAGCUCCUGAAGAACUACUGCCGGAACAAGGACAUCAAGACGGCAAUUUCAGUUGGUGUUGUAGGCCUUCCCAAUGUUGGGAAGAGUAGUGUCAUCAACAGUUUGAAGCGCAGCAAGUCUUGUGGCGUUGGAUCAACACCUGGCUUCACAAAAACAAUGCAACCAGUUCAAUUGGACUCCAAAAUACAACUGCUUGACUGCCCAGGUAUUAUUCUUCCUGGUGGGGAUACUUCUGAUGCUUCAGCAGCACUCAGAAAUGCUGUCAAGAUUGAGCAACUGGAUGACCCCAUAAAACCUGUUGAGGCCAUUCUGGCUCGAGCAAACAAAAAUCAGCUGAUGAUCUACUACCAGAUACCAGAUUUUCAAACGGUAGAUCAAUUUCUGGCAUUGCUGGCAAAGCGCUUGGGGAAAUUGAAAAAGAAAGGUAUCCCAGACAGAGCAAUGGCCGCACGCAAAGUUUUACAAGAUUGGAACACAGGUCAUAUCAAAUUCUACACACAACCUCCAGAAGUACCCGACACUAAAGUAGGAACAACAUUGAUAACCGAGUUAAGUAAAGAGUUUGACAUAGACAGUCUCUUGUCAGAAGAGGGAUCAAUGCUGAAAGCUUUACCCACAUAUAGACCUUCCCAGACAAUGGUAGUGGAUUCCUUGGGACCAGUUAUGGAGGUCAAUGAUCAGGAAGAGUUGGAAGAGGAAAGUGAAGAAGAGGAGGAAAAGAUGGAAGAAGAGGAGGAAGGCAUUGUUGAAGGAGGCCUGACAUUGCCUAAAGAUGUAUGCAUUAAUAUGGAUGAUGGUUCAGGCAGCAGUAAGCCUGCUGACAGUACUGAGAAGAAGAAACGUUGGGAGACUCCUCUACAGGAGUUUGAUCCACAAACCAUGUCCAUGAAGAAAUUCCAGAAGAAGAUGCAGAAGAAAACACGCAAAGAAAGCCAGCGUAACGUCAAGAGAACAGACGAUCUCACAUCUGCCUUCCAGAAGUUUUCAGGGCUUAAAGAUAAUAAUGAUGAUGAUGAUUAUGAUUUUGCUGCAUACUUUGAUAAAUAAGCAAACUUUUUUCUUUUAAAUAGAUGUACGUUAAUACCUUUAUGUGUAUGAAGGAUAAUGUUGAUAAAAGAUAUAUAUAAUGUCUUAUAUGAAAUUGUUAAAUUCCUGUAUGUAUAUUUAUUUAAAUCAAUAUUGUAUAGGAAUGAAUAAAACCAUUGAACUGUAA